AUGCCCACUGUGUUACGUCCAUCUUACUGUGCUGGCGGAUUCGCCAAAGCGGGGAUAUUUCCUUAUGAUAAACGUGCAAUUGCUAAAGAAAAGAUAAUGUAUUCAUGCAAUAACAAUAAAAAGAAACUGACACGAACCGUAUCAAAUGAAUUCUUGCCCUCAUCAUGUGGCGAAACAAGCCCUGUUAAUAUAGUAAUGUCAUGGCAAUGA